GAGGCGGGGAGAGCAAGGACGGGGAACGGAAGGGGAGAGGCCCCGCGUCAGUACCCGCAUCUUCACUCACCGCGCGUCCGCGAUUAGCUCGGAGCUUGAUGGUAGUCACCGAGCGAGUUUAUGUAGAUGUCCCGCGUAUGGACUGAGACCGCGCCGUCUUCAACUCGUGCGCUCGGCGCCACCGUGCAUCUCGAAAAUGCUCGCGGUCCGCCGUCUCGCCAAUCCCGUCGAUGGUCACGCUCGCCUCGGCGGUCUACGACUCGCUGGCUCUCUCGCUCGUGUGCUCAUCUCGUCGGCCUUCGCUCGUGCUCGUCUCCCUGGAUCGGGCUCGUACUCGUCUCGUUGAGCCGUGCUCGUGCUCUCGUCGGUUUUGCUCAUGCUCUCUCGUCGCUCUUGCUCGUGCUCGCC